AUGGACUUCCCUGGGUCUGGGCUCUGGUUUGACCAUGAACACGAGCAGGCAACAUGUGGAAAGGAGGUGGGAGGUCCAAGUUCAGUUAAAAACAAGAAAAAGGGUAAAAAGGCUGGUCCUCCAGGGCCCAACGGUCCCCAAGGGCCACCAGGUCCUCCUGGGCCGCAGGGACCCCCUGGUAUUCCCGGCAUCCCAGGGAUUCCCGGCACAACCGUCAUGGGACCACCCGGCCCUCCUGGCCCACCGGGUCCUCAGGGACCACCCGGACUGCAGGGCCCCUCAGGUGCCACAGACAAAGCCGGCUCCAGAGACACCCAGCCAGCUGUGGUCCACCUUCAAGGCCAAGGCUCAGCCAUCCAAGUGAAGAAUGGUGGAGUCCUCAAUGACUGGUCUCGCAUCACUAUGAACCCCAAGGUGUUUAAGCUGCAUGCCCGCAGUGGGGAGCUGGAGGUACUGGUGGACGGCACAUACUUCAUCUAUAGUCAGGUAUACUACAUAAACUUCACAGAUUUUGCCAGCUAUGAGGUGGUGGUGGAUGAAAAGCCCUUUCUGCAAUGCACUCGGAGUAUUGAGACCGGCAAGACCAACUUCAAUACCUGCUAUACAGCUGGGGUCUGCCUCCUCAAAGCCAGGCAGAAGAUCGCUGUGAAAAUGGUCCAUGCUGACAUCUCCAUCAACAUGAGCAAGCACACAACAUUCUUUGGGGCCAUACGCUUAGGAGAUGCCCCAGCAUCCUAGAUGAACUUGGCACGUCCAAGGAUAACUCACAGAACUGCACAGUGCUGCUGUUCAUAAGCGUAUCAGUAUUUCAGGGGGUUCUGUAAUCCGGCCAUAAAGAAAACUGAUCCAGAGCUAUUUAUUCCUAUAUGUGAAUGCAGGAAGCACAAUUGUCUUCUGUGACUUGCAUGGAGACUCGGAUCGAAAAAGCUAGUUGACAAAGCGUGGUGAGGAAGCAAAGGCUGUUGUGUCUGCCUUGUCUCAGUAUUUCAAGUAUUACUGCACUGAUACUCGGCUCUGUGAUGGUCACACGAGGCUUGCUGAGAGCGGGGUGGGUCUCUGCUUUGAUGUUGCACUAGCAAGAGCAUCCCAGGCAGUAGCGGGAGAAAACAAAUGUCCAAAUUGUCCUAUCCAGGUACUCCUGCUUCUGCACGCUAACGAAAGCAAGAAAAAAGGGGUUUUUCUGGUUUUCUGCCUUCCCAGUUUGAACUGGAAGGGGCACGGGGUGCGAA